AUGUCCUCUUCCUCCCCCACCGGGCAGAUCGCAAGUGCGGCGGACAUCAAGCAGGAGAAUGGGAUGGAGAGCGCCUCGGAAGGGCAGGAGGCGCCCCAAGAAGUGGCGGGGGGCGCGGCGGCGGGGCUGAGCCCCCCGGCUCCAGCCCCUUUCCCCCUGGAGCCGGGGGACGCCGCGGCCGCCGCCGCCGCCGCCGCCGCCGCCAGGGUGAGCGCGGAGGAAGGGGCAGCGGCGGCGGCGAAUCAGGUACAACUCCACUCGGAACUUCUGGGCAGGCACCACCACGCCGCGGCCGCCGCAGCCGCAGCCGCCGCCGCCGCCGCCGCCGCCGCCGCGCAGACCCCGCUGGCCUUCUCGCCCGACCACGUCGCCUGCGUGUGCGAGGCGCUGCAGCAGGGGGGCAACCUGGACCGCCUGGCCCGGUUCCUGUGGUCCCUGCCCCAGAGCGACCUGCUACGUGGCAACGAGAGCCUGCUGAAGGCGCGGGCGCUGGUGGCCUUCCACCAGGGCAUCUACCCCGAGCUCUACAGCAUCCUCGAGAGCCACAGCUUCGAGUCGGCCAACCACCCGCUGCUGCAGCAGCUCUGGUACAAGGCGCGCUACACCGAGGCCGAGCGAGCCCGCGGCCGGCCCCUGGGCGCCGUGGACAAGUACCGGCUGCGCAGGAAAUUCCCGCUGCCCCGCACCAUCUGGGACGGCGAGGAGACGGUGUAUUGUUUCAAGGAGAAGUCGCGCAACGCGCUCAAGGAGCUCUACAAGCAGAAUCGCUACCCUUCGCCCGCCGAGAAGCGGCACCUGGCCAAGAUCACCGGCCUCUCCCUCACCCAGGUCAGCAACUGGUUCAAGAACCGCCGGCAGCGCGAUCGGAACCCCUCGGAGACCCAGUCCAAAAGUGAGUCAGAUGGCAAUCCCAGCACUGAAGAUGAAUCCAGCAAGGGCCAUGAGGACUUGUCUCCUCAUCCACUCUCCGGUUCAUCGGAUAGUGUCACCAACCUCAGCCUUCCCAGUCACAUGGAGCCAGUAUACAUGCAACAAAUUGGAAAUGCUAAGAUCUCAUUAAGCUCUUCUGGAGUUUUGUUGAACGGAAGCUUGGUGCCUGCAAGUACUUCACCUGUCUUUCUUAAUGGUAAUUCUUUCAUUCAGGGACCCAAUGGAGUCAUCCUUAAUGGAUUAAAUGUGGGAAAUACACAGGCAGUGUCACUGAACCCACCAAAAAUGGCGUCAAACAUUGUGAGCAAUGGUAUAUCCAUGAGUGACAUACUGGGGUCUACCUCCCAGGAUGUGAAGGAAUUCAAAGUCCUCCAGAGUUCUUCAGCUAACUCAGCAGCCACCACUUCCUACAGCCCCAGUGCCCCUGUGUCAUUCCCAGGGCUGAUACCCAGCACUGAGGUAAAAAGAGAAGGCAUUCAAACGGUGGCUUCCCAGGAUGGAGGCUCUGUGGUGACUUUUACUACACCAGUGCAAAUUAACCAGUAUGGCAUUGUCCAGAUUCCCAAUUCCGGGACAAACAGCCAGUUCCUUAAUGGGAGCAUUGGAUUCUCUCCACUGCAGCUGCCUUCUGUUUCGGUAGCAGCUUCACAAGGUAAUCUUUCAGUAAACGCAAGCACUUCAGAUGGGAGCACAUUUACAAGUGAGUCCACCACAGUCCAGCAAGGAAAGGUUUUCUUGAGUUCUCUUGCUCCCAGUGCUGUGGUAUACACUGUUCCAAAUUCAGGCCAGACUAUGGGAUCUGUUAAACAGGAGGGCUUGGAGAGGAGCCUGGUAUUUUCUCAGUUGAUGCCUGUCAAUCAGAAUGCACAAAUAAAUGCAAACCUGUCUUCUGAAAAUAUCUCGGGGAGCGGCCUCCAUCCACUGGCCUCAUUAGUUAACGUAUCCCCAACUCACAAUUUUCCCCUGACUCCCCCCACCUUAUUAAAUCCCACCGAGCUAAAUCCCGACCUUGCUGAUAGCCAGCCAAUGUCUGCACCUGUGGCAAGCAAAUCUACUGUGACAUCUGUCAGCAGCACUAACUAUGCAACUCUUCAGAACUGUUCCCUUAUUACCGGUCAAGAUCUCUUGUCCGUCCCCAUGACCCAGACCUCCCUUGGGGAAAUUGUUCCUACGGCCGAAGACCAGGUGGGUCACCCUUCCCCGGCAGUGCACCAGGAUUUUGUCAGAGAACAUCGUUUGGUUCUGCAAUCAGUAGCUAAUAUAAAAGAGAAUUUCUUAAAUUCUGAGGGCAAAGCCACGAGCAACUUAAUGAUGCUGGACUCAAAAUCCAAGUACGUCCUAGAGGGCAUGGUCGAGACUGUCUGUGAAGACCUGGAAACAGACAAAAAAGACCUUGCCAAGCUCCAAACUGUCCAAUUGGAUGAAGAUAUGCAAGACUUAUAAACUUUAUUUCCCUCUCUCUCACUCUCUCUCCCUUCCUUCUUCCCUCUCUCUCUUUUUCCUGGCAUCAGCAGGCAGAUCUUUUCACGAAGCCCUGAGGACAUAAAGCAUUUUCCCAUUUACAGGGAAACACUAGUUUUGUGAGUAAAUGCAUUCAAGAGACUGGGUUGAUCUGCAUGAAGAUCACAGUUAAAUAUACAAGAGUAGAACUGCAUUGCUGCAGCCUUUUGGUUCACAUAUGUUCUCUUUUAAAUAGAUGGAGACAAAGGAACAAGAUGAAAUCUAUCAAGACAAAGUGUAUCAUUUGGUUGACUUAAUAUAAUUCUAAGGUCAAAUGGAACUCUAGAGUUCUUUAAAGUAAAACUGUAUACACCUGGCAUCGGCAUUAGAAACAAUACGGUUAUUUUUGUUUACUCUUACUCCAUGGGCAUUGAUGAGGUUAAGAAGCAUAAAUGGUACUCCGCACUACUAUAAGGGUUUAUUUUUGAAUAGAUGCAUUUCUUUUUUUCGGCAUUUUUGUGAAAGUCUUGAUUUGUCUCUACACAUUUCCAGAUGUGCUUGCUAAUAGUCCAGUGGGGCUGAGAAAGUUUGCAACUCCACUAAAAACUCUGAAACAAACUUCAGUAUGAGUGUAAAUAUAUUAAUC